AUGGAAGCAGACUUGAGGGAGAUUUGGGCUGACCGAAUUAGAUACAACAACUUUGUCUUCAAGGCAACUAUUUCUGCAGACCCAAUAUUAAAUGCAAAAGAUUGCAUUAAUGUUGUAGUCAUAUAUGAGGACUACUGUAGGUUGGCUUUUAUUAGACUCAACAAAUUAAAGACACUACAUGGACUUAUGUUGACAACUUAUGUUGACAAUAGGUGGACGUUAAUACGAGAAGUUGUUCACACUGAAGAUAAGUUCUAUGCUAUGAAUCGAUGGAGCCAGCUUUUGUCUUUUGAUAUUACGGCUCAGUCCAACUUAAAUGUGAAAUUGGUUGGACACAAGAUUUCAGGAACGAAGUUUAUGCAGAGAUAUCUCGUGUAUUCAACUGAGAAGAAAUUGUUGAUGGUUGAUAGGUAUUGUUUCUACGAAAAAGUAGAUGGAUUUUCCAAACGGGUGACAAAGGAAUUCAAAGUCUUUUAUUUCAAUUUCGAUCGGUGUGAGUGGACUGAGAAGAAAACACUCGGUGAUGUUGCUCUCUUCAUUGGUGAUAACUCUUCUAUCUCUGUUUUGGCUUCAAAUUUUUCAGGGUGCAAGCCAAAUUGCAUAUACUUCAACCACGAUUGCGAUCGCAUAGGGAAAGAUUUCAAACAUUACAACUUUGCUGUGUAUAACGUGGAAACUGGAAUUGUCUCACAACCUUAUGCAAAAUAUGCUAAUACCUUAGUGAAUAUGGCCAAUCGACCUUGUAUCUGGAUUGUACCAACUUUUCAAGCAAGCGACUGA